GGCGGAGGCGGGGCGGCCCUGGGUCCGAGUGCGGGAGCCGAGCCGGCCCGGGGGCCGAAGUUUGCCCGCGGCUCCGGGAGGCGGCCCCGGGCGGCUCCCGGCCCCUGCUCGCGCCCUCGCCCGGGACCCGCCGGCAGAGCCCAGGGGGACCGCGGCCGCGGCCGGGCCAACUCCGCCGCGGGGACGCCGUGACGGGAACUUGAGGCCCGAGGGGGAUGUGAAGGCCCAAAAUGACCCUCUUACCGGGAGACAAUUCUGACUACGACUACAGCGCCCUGAGCUGCACCUCGGACGCCUCCUUCCACCCGGCCUUCUUCCCGCAGGGCCAGUCCCUCAAGGGCGUCUUCUACCGCCGCGCGCAGCGCCUGCGGCCCCGGCCCCAGGACGCGCCCCGCCAGGGCUGCCAGCCCGACGACCGCCGGCGGCAGAUCAUCAUCAACGUGGGCGGCAUCAAGUACUCGCUGCCCUGGACCACGCUCGAGGAGUUCCCGCUGACGCGCCUGGGCCAGCUCAAGGCCUGCACCAACUUCGACGACAUCCUGAACGUGUGCGAUGACUACGACGUGACCUGCAACGAGUUCUUCUUCGACCGCCACCCGGGGGCGUUCGGCACCAUCCUGACCUUCCUGCGGGCCGGCAAGCUCCGCCUGCUGCGGGAGAUGUGCGCCCUGUCCUUCCAGGAGGAGCUGCUCUACUGGGGCGUCGCCGAGGACCGCCUGGACGGCUGCUGCAAGCGCCGCUACCUGCAGAAGAUCGAGGAGUUCGCCGACGUGGUGGAGCGGGCGGAGGAGGACGACGACGAGCCGCCGUCCAGCGGGGACCCCGGCAGCGAGGGCGCGGCCGAGGGCGAGGGCCGCCUGGGCCGCUGCAUGCGGAGACUGCGCGACAUGGUGGAGAGGCCGCACUCCGGGCUGCCGGGCAAGGUGUUCGCCUGCCUCUCGGUGCUCUUCGUCACCGUCACUGCCGUCAACCUGUCCAUCAGCACCCUGCCCAGCCUGCGGGAAGAGGAGGAGCAGGGCCGGUGCUCGCAGAUGUGCCGCAACGUCUUCAUUGUGGAGUCGGUGUGCGUGGGCUGGUUCUCCCUCGAGUUCCUCCUGCGGCUCAUCCAGGCGCCCAGCAAGUUCGCCUUCCUGCGGAGCCCGCUGACGCUGAUCGACAUGGUGGCCAUCCUGCCCUACUACAUCACCCUGCUGGUGGACGGCGCCUCCGCGGGCCGCCGCAAGUCCGGCGCGGGCAACAGCUACCUGGACAAGGUGGGGCUGGUGCUGCGGGUCCUGCGGGCGCUGCGCAUCCUGUACGUCAUGCGUCUGGCCCGCCACUCCCUGGGGCUGCAGACGCUGGGGCUCACGGCCCGCCGCUGCACCCGCGAGUUCGGGCUCCUGCUGCUCUUCCUCUGCGUGGCCAUCGCCCUCUUUGCCCCCCUUCUCUACGUCAUCGAGAACGAGAUGGCCGACAGCCCCGAGUUCACCAGCAUCCCUGCCUGCUACUGGUGGGCCGUCAUCACCAUGACAACCGUGGGCUACGGCGACAUGGUGCCCCGGAGCACGCCCGGCCAGGUGGUGGCGCUCAGCAGCAUCCUCAGCGGCAUCCUGCUCAUGGCCUUCCCGGUGACCUCCAUCUUCCACACCUUCUCGCGCUCCUACCUGGAGCUCAAGCAGGAGCAGGAGAGGGUGAUGUUCCGGAGGGCGCAGUUCCUCAUCAAGACCAAGUCGCAGCUGAGCAGCAUGUCGCACGACAGUGACAUCUUGUUCGGAAGUGCCUCCUCGGACACCAGAGACAACAACUGAGCCCAGAGGACACACCCCGCCGCCCCCACCGCCGCCGCCGCCGCCAGGAUACCCCCAGCUCUGCCUGCCCUCUGCGGCCUGAAGCUACUGCCGUCACUAUCAGAAGCCUCUUCAGGCACGUGCUGCUCUGAGCGCGGCCCUGGCACAGAACCGACUAGAGCCACACCCCGAGGAGGAAGCCUGCAAGGUCCACAGAGGAGCCCCUGCCACUCUGCGUCCACAAGUGAAGCAGAAGCUGGCCGAGAGCCCAGCACCCCCGCCACCCCCCACCCCCCACCCCCCAUGUCUGUUUCCCUCAAUAAGGAGAUGGCUUUGUUCUUUCCACCAUGUACAUAACAUGCCCAGCAAAGACUUGCUUCAUGGGCCUGCCUGGAGAAAAAAAUACAA